AUGCCAGCCCGCCAGGCGACCCAGGCCUGCAGAGCUUGUCGACGCUUGAAACGAAAGUGCAGCAGAGAUCUCCCCUCAUGUUCGCUUUGUAUAAGACUCGGCAAAACAUGCGAGUACUACCCCGGUGAUGUCGGCGCAGAAAACGCACCAAACACAGACCUCGCAUCAAGAUUGCACAAUCUAGAACAACUCCUCCAAGGAAAAGCAUCCCAAAACUUGGACUUGGAAUCCAUGCGUUCAAAUUCCAAAAACACAUGCGAACCAACCGUCAAUACAGACUUCCCCCCAGCCUUCUUCCUCGACCCAGACCACUAUUCCAGAUUCCAAGAAUACCAACUUUCCUCCGAGAUACUCCCCUGGGUAGAAAAAGCGCAAGAACUCGUCAAAAAUGACUGGCGCGAAAUCUGCGAGCGCUUCCUAUCAACCAUUUACACCUGGUUACCAAUGAUCAGCAAGAAACGACUGUACUCGGAACUAACCUCCUCUCAACCCGGUAGCAAGCCCGGCAAUGCUCUCUUCCUGCUAUGCAUGAAGCUCUGUACUAGUAAUCAGUCUGAGUCGGCAGAUGAUUCUUCCUGCGCAGAUAACGAGCUGUACAAUGCUGCCAAGCAGUGCUGCUUUUAUGCCGAGUCGGGUGGCUAUGUUUCGCUGCGGCUGGUGCAGUCACUUGUUCUUUUGGCGGUUUACGAAAUGGGCCAUGCAAUUUAUCCGGCGGCGUACUUGACGGUUGGAAGGGCGGCGAGACUGGCGACAGUUAUUGGGCUGCAUAAUAUGAAGCUCGCGAAGCAGCUCUUCGUGGUGGCAGAUAUGUGGAGUUUGAGGGAGGAACAGCAAAGGACGUGGUGGGCGAUUUUCAUUCUUGACAAAGUUGUCAAUCUUGGUUCUCCGGGAUUGCCACUUGUCACGCCCGAUCCUUGCGCCGACCACCUUUUGCCCGUCAACGAGCGAGACUGGAACGAAGGCGUAAUCGGCAUCAAUGAACCUGUUCUCGCGCAAUCCUUCCACGCCGCCGACUCCAUUGGCAAGUUUGCGAGAACAUGCCAGGCCGCACACAUGCUCGGCAAAAUCAUCACGCACGUCAACCGCUGGAAAACCGCCGUCAUGGACGUCACAGAAGUGCUCUUGGAGUCGUUCCAGCUGCACAAGGCGCUGGCAGCACUGGACGCGAGUCUAAAUCCGCCUGAGUCACUGCAAGAAUCAUACCCCAGCCCUGACUCCUCUGUGCCCGAGAACCUGAACUACGUGGCGCUCUCGAUAUGCUGCUCCGCUCGAUACCUGCUCUACUCGCAGUACGCAUGUAACGAGAGCAACAGGUCAGCCGGCUCGGAGCGCAUAGCGCUGGAGACGGAGGCGCAGCAGCUCUCUAUUCAGGGUAUGGAGCACAUCGCCAGUGUUGCGGUGCCCAGGAUAGCGAGAUACAUGGAACAGGUGGUUGCUUCGCCGGCGGUGCGGCCGAGCGUCAGUUUUGUGCCCGGGCAUAGCAUGUACUAUGCUGGGCUGGAGUGCUAUUGCUUCUACAGGGAGUUUGAUAACCAGCUUAUGCUGAGUGGGAUGAGGCAGAUUAUCGAGGGGUUCAAGGCGCUGCGGACGGAGUGGAGGGUUGGAGCGGAAUACUUGGUUCUUCUGGACAAGGAGCAUGUGUUUGAAUUGUUGGAGAGGGUAGACCGGGACGCUCUGGAGAGUAGGUGA